AUGUCUACUGACAAGAAACAAUCCAACUUUGCUAUCGAUUUCUUGAUGGGUGGUGUUUCCGCCGCCGUUUCCAAGACCGCUGCUGCUCCAAUUGAGAGAGUCAAGUUGUUGAUUCAAAACCAAGAUGAAAUGAUCAAGCAAGGUUCUUUGGACAGAAGAUACACCGGUAUCGUUGAAUGUUUCAAGAGAACUGCUGCUGACGAAGGUGUUGCUUCUUUCUGGAGAGGUAACACUGCUAACGUUAUCAGAUACUUCCCAACUCAAGCCUUGAACUUUGCCUUCAAGGACAAGAUCAAGGCUAUGUUCGGUUUCAAGAAGGAAGAAGGUUACGCUAAAUGGUUCGCUGGUAACUUGGCUUCUGGUGGUCUAGCUGGUGGUUUGUCUCUAUUGUUCGUUUACUCUUUGGAUUACGCCAGAACCAGAUUGGCUGCUGACUCCAAGAGCGCUAAGAAGGGUGGUGAACGUCAAUUCAACGGUCUAGUCGAUGUCUACAAGAAGACUUUGGCUUCUGAUGGUGUUGCUGGUUUGUACAGAGGUUUCUUGCCAUCUGUUGUUGGUAUUGUUGUCUACAGAGGUUUGUACUUCGGUUUGUACGAUUCUUUGAAACCAUUGUUGUUGACUGGUUCUUUGGAAAACUCCUUCUUGGCUUCCUUCUUGUUGGGUUGGGCCGUCACCACUGGUGCUUCUACCGCUUCUUACCCAUUGGAUACCGUUAGAAGAAGAAUGAUGAUGACUUCCGGUCAAGCUGUCAAGUAUGAUGGUGCCUUCGAUGCUUUCAGAAAGAUUGUCGCUGCUGAAGGUAUCAAGUCCUUGUUCAAGGGUUGUGGUGCUAACAUCUUGAGAGGUGUCGCCGGUGCCGGUGUUAUCUCCAUGUACGAUCAAUUGCAAGUUAUCUUGUUCGGUAAGACUUUCAAAUAA